AUGCAAUAUACUACUUUACUUGGUGCUUUAUUAUUAGCAGCUUCAUCCCAAGCAGCCCUUGACAGCUCACAAGUUGAUUUCCUCACGAGAUUUGUCAAUGAUGCUAGAUCUCACACCAAGGAAUACUUAUCAUACGUCCAGACUGCAGAUGCUGAUAUCCCAGGUGAUUUCGAAUCAUUAGCUAAACAAAUUUAUGCUACAACUGGAAAUGGUUACACUAGUGAAUUUGAUUCUGCCAAGGUUAAGACAUUAGAAUCCUUCGCCACUGGCUUGCCAUGGUACCUGUCGAGAAUUGCUGAUUCUGGGUCCUCAGAAUCAGGCUCCUCAGAAUCCGGCUCUUCGGGAUCGGGAUCCGGCUCAAGCGCAAGUUCUACAUCAAGUUCUAGUUCUAGUUCAAGCUCUGAAUCAUCAAGUGCUAGUGCUGGUGCAGCAGGCCUCAUAGUUCCAGCUGGAGCAGGAAUGGCUGCAUUGGCAGUUGCCUUACUUUAA